AUGCUGGUGACCUAUUUGGAAGCCAGCCGGGACCUUUGCGAGACGGAUUCAAUUCUUUUUGGCGCCGCACUGGCAGUAUGCCGUAUUAUUGGCGCCAAACUUCCCGUGGCUGGACGUGCUACUCAAAAAAGUAGCGCCAUCCCAGCCUGGAGAAAAAGAAUUGAGGACCGUAUCGCAAAGGCAAGGGCCCUUAUCGGCAGACUGACAAGCUUCAGGUCGGGUAAUAAUAGACCGAGGAUUAUGCGCACCGUUAGGAUGGCGUUUGCUGGGACAAAUAUCAGUUUGUUCCAGCCGGAUAUCACGCAAAAACUAACGGAGCGCAUAGAUGACCUGAAGCAAAAAAUCGCUGCUUGGGGGAAGCGGAUUCGACGAUUUAGCGAGAGGUCAAGGCGGUUCAACCAGAAUCGUCUCUUCCAGAGUGAUCAGAAGAGGCUCUAUAAAUCAUUGGAGCGACCAGAGGUAUGUGGAGCGGGCCCAGGACCGGAUCAGGCUGACACUGUCGCAUUUUGGCGUGGCCUGUGGUCAGAGCCCGUAAACCACAGCGAGGGCCCUUGGAUGGAAGUUGUGGCGAGCCAGAGUGCAAGUGUUACGCCUAUGGACCCCGUCACCAUAACGCCUGAAGACGUGGCUGAGGCGGUCCGUAGGGCCCCGAACUGGAAAAGUCCGGGGCUCGACGGGCUGCAUCAUUACUGGCUGAAGGGGUUCGUAGUGUGUCACGCUGUGCUCGCCCGACAGUUUCAAGAGGCUCUCGAUCAGAAGUCGCUCCCGAGCCUCUUCACUACUGGGAUCACUCAUUUGGUUCCUAAAGAUCAGGAUACCACAGACCCGAGCAAAUACCGCCCCAUCACGUGGCGAAAGGGGGAGAAACUGGAGGUUUGGCGUAUCGGGCUAGGAUGCAUCGUCUUUUUGCUGAGCUGGAGCCAUCUUUUACCGUCACAGAGCAAAACCUGGCAGACCGAGUUCGGUAUAUCUUGCGCUCAAAUAUAUUUGAUGGCGCCGAACUCGAACGGCUACGACGUGAGGCUGUUCCCUCGUCGGAUGAGAAUGCUACGGCUGAGGGUGCGGCGCCACAAAUUGCAGAGCAACCCGCACACGUGGCGCCGUAAUACCCCAGUUGUUGCUGAUUCAAAUGAUGAUGGAACAGUCGCCCAGGAACUGGAAUUAGAGCAUAUGAGGAGUACAUUGGAAGAGGCGAUUGUGGAAACGCGCAGUACGCCUCUCGAAAAUCGACCGCGACUUCCCCGCAUAGCCCUAAGCAAGCGGAAUCGGGCUGUCGUGAGGGCUCUGAACCCAAUGCUGGUGACCUAUUUGGAAGCCAGCCGGGACCUUUGCGAGACGGACUCAAUUCUCUUUGGCGCCGCGCUGGCAGUCUGCCGUAUUAUAGGCGCCAAGGUUUCCACGGCUGGACGUGCUACUGGCCAUAGUAGCGCUAUCCCAGCCUGGAGAAGAAGAAUUGAGGAACGUAUCGCAAAGGCUAGAGCCCUCAUCGGCAGAUUGAUAUGCUUCAGGUCAGGCAAUACCAGGCCAAGAAUUGUGCGCACCGUCAGGAUGGCGUUUGCUGGGACAAAUGUCAGUUUGUCCCAGCCGGAUAUAACGCAAAAACUGACGGAGCGUAUAGACGAUCUGAAGCAGAGAAUCGCUGCUUGGGGAAAGCGGAUUCGGCGAUAUACCGAGAGGUCGACACGGUUCAACCAGAAUCGUCUCUUCCAGAGUGAUCAGAAGAGGCUCUAUGAAUCAUUGGAGCGACCAAUGGUAAGUGGAACGGGCCCAGCACCGAAUAAGGCCGACACUGUAGCAUUCUGGCGCGGCCUGUGGUCAGAGCCCGUAAACCACAGCGAGGGCCCUUGGACGGAAGUUGUGGCGAGUCAGUGUGCGGGUAUUACGCCCAUGGACCCCGUCACCAUAACGCCGGAUGACGUAGCUGAGGCGGUCCGUAGGGCCCCGAACUGGAAAAGUCCGGGGCUCGACGGGCUGCAUCACUACUGGCUGAAGGGGUUCGUGGUGUGUCACACUGUGCUCGCCCGACAGUUUCAAGAGGCUCUCAACCAGAAGUCGCUCCCAAGCCUCUUCACUACUGGGAUCACCCAUUUGGUUCCUAAAGACCAGGUUAAUAUAUCCUUCCACAUCUCUGACUCCGAUGAUGAGAGUUCUGACAGAGGAAGCAGAAGCUCCAGGAGUGGAGCUGAAGAUGUCAAUAUGCUCCCAGUCAAUAUCUCAGCACAGGACACGAGGACGCACGUCGUGGUCGAACUUUACGAAACUGAGAAGUCCUAUGUGGAGGCAUUGGAGAUAUUAGUUAAGAAAUAUCUCCAGCCUCUCAAGAGUCCAGAAAAUGCCGGCCUUCUAGAUGCAUUCCUCGUUGAUGAGAUAUUUUAUCAGGUGCCGGCGAUAUUAAAUGUGCACCAAGUAUUCCUGGAGCAACUGAGACGGCGGCUGGAACAAUGGGACCUGCAGCAGAAAGUUGGAGACGUCUUUUUGGACGUGUUCACGAAACCCGCAGUAAUGGACACCUACAUGUCUUUUAUAAACAAUUUGAAAAAAGCGAAGGAGACUAUAAAAACAGCGGCUGCUUCAAGACCCGCCUUUGCCAAGUUCCUAGACGCCAUGGCCCGAGACCACAAAGGAAAAUUGUCUUUGGACAACCUUCUCAUAAAGCCUGUGCAGAAAUUCCCCAGCUACAAACUGCUCAUCCAGAGGUUGAUAAAACACACAGACCAGUCACAUCCGGAUCAUAAACUUCUGUUAGAAGCCCAAAAGGAAAUACAUGAACUAUUAGAAUUAAUCAACUGCACAGAAAGGGAGAGCCUGGAAAUGGAGCAACAGCAACAAACGUUGCGAGAGUUGGAACAAAUGAUCGAAGGUCUAUCAAACCUGGUCAUUGCCGAUCGGAUGUUCUUGAGGCAUGAGAUGGUUACUAUGCCUUCAGCACAAGGGACCAUAAAAGAUAGAGCUCUAUUCCUUUUUAAUGAUACUCUCUUGAUAACGAGUGUUAAAAGAAGGACGGGUACUAUUAAAAAACCAAUUCCUACAUACCAAAGCAGUAUAGCGAGUCAGAUGGAAGGAAAUAAAUACAAACUAUUAAUGAGGAUAUCUCUAGCUGAUCUCGAAAUUGUCAAAGCUAAAGAUGAAAAUAUAAGGCGUAUAAUGCACGAAGUGGAAACACUAACUGAGGAUGUGAAUACACUUACGCAAAUUUCUGAAAAUGUCGCGGCGUUACAUACUCACCACGCACAGCUCGAGGAGCUAGUGAGGGACAUGCUACAUUCUGUUAAUAAGCAACUGAUGGACAGACAGAAUAGCGACACGCAGCUUUGCUACAUGGAGAUUAGCUUGAAUACUUCGAGUGGACCGGAGAAUUUAACAAUAAUUUUUCCGAAAACGGAGAAGAGGAACAGUUGGGAAGAAUUGAUAAAUGAGACCAAACAUAAGUUAUGUGUAUAUGGCCACGAAAGACCGGCUCCUGAAUUCCUUUCGCCCGUUCCAAUACGAAAGACUCGAGCUGGUUUACAGUUCACAUGCGCUGCUCCAACAUUACCACCGAAGGGACAGUCUCCUGAUGUAUGGGUAUGCAACAGCGACGGUUACGUUGGCCAAGUAUGCGUUCUCACGCUGUCUCCAAAACCGCAAGUGACUUCGUGUAAUGGGGUUUGCAAUGCGCGAAUACUGUGCGUCGCUUGUGUUCCACCUGCACCUGCACUCGCUCGGCAGCAUACUCUGGAUAUACCGAGUACGAGUUCCUUAAAUAGUACCGGAUCUACGAAGCCAGGCAUCAGUAUAUCAGACCCAGAUGAUAGUUGCAAGAAUAUCCGACUAGACAGUUCAUCGUCAAGCGAUGAUGAAGACGAUGGCUCAUCAAGCGAGAACCAGGACGCGCAAUCCGAACGCAGCCAGGAAUCAGGGCGCCUUCAGAACCUGUCAUCGACUCUCAAUCGUGCAACGUUGACUCCGAACCACAGCAAGAGCCUCAGUACUCCUCACACCGGGCAGAACAUUCAAGUACAUCCAGUAAUGAAAUCUAAUUCGAACCCAGCAGUCGAUAAGCAGGCUAUGGGAAUCACAUCAGGUACCCUAUCUUCGCCUAACAGCCGCCAAUCUUCAGAAGACAGUGGUACUACAGCUAAUCAGCCUACGAUGUGGCUCGGAACUGAGGAUGGCUGUAUACACGUUUAUAAUUGCCUGGAUAAUAUCAGGAUCAAGAAGAAUAAGAUCAAACUGCAACACAAUUCGGGUGUCCAUUCUAUUGUGUAUAUGGAAGGCAAGGUGUUUGUUGCUCUUGGAAACGGCGAUCUGGUGGUUUACUGUCGAGAUAUUGACGGCUCUUGGACGGAGCGGUCGACGAUCCCGGUUGGCACGGGCAGCGGGCCCGUGAGCAGCAUGCUGCUAUCCGGCGGCAAGCUCUGGUGCGCCACGCACUCCAACAUCAAAAUUAUCAACCCGCAUUCCUUGCAGGUUGACGAAACAUUCCAAAUAAGUUCAGAAACGAAGCCGAUAAGCCACAUGGCGGUAGCUGGUGGUUCGAUAUGGCUGUCGCUGCACAACGCGGCGCAGCUACGUUGUUAUAACGCGACAACUCGGGAGCAGUUAGCCGAGAUCAACAUUACUCCACAAGUCACCAAGAUGUUACAUGGUUGCGACGAAAUAAUUCGCCAACACAAAGCGGCGUGUCUACGAGUGACUGCGUUAUUGGCUCAUCGUGACACGCUGUGGGUGGGAACAAGUGCGGGGGUUCUGCUCACCGCUCCACUACACAACUCGCCUAACUCCCGAACUGGAUCGUUUACUGUGCCACAACUUACUGGUAUCACAUAUGGUCACACUGGCCACGUACGAUUCUUGACUAUAGUUGAAAAUCCAGUACCACAGAGGCAGCCAGCAAAGCCUACUCAAACACUAAAGACAAAAGCUUUGAGUCGGCGUUCGACUAAUUCAGAAAAAUUACAGAAACAGACAGAAAAUAUACAAAAUAAUAAAGAAACUUUGAUUAUAUCUGGUGGAGACGGUUACGAAGACUUUAGAAGUUCAACGAUGACUGAAGAUGCAGGAAGAGAGGACUCGACGAAUCACUUACUUCUCUGGAGAGUCUGA